UAGUAUGUAGCUUACAACUUACAUGGUGCUGUUGCAGCAAGUUUUGAUCGCGUCGUCAACAAGCUUCAACUGAGAGCUAGCGAGCGAAUCAUGGGGGUUUCUAAAGAGCAGGUGGAAUCGACACUUAGGUCCAAACUGUCUCCCUCUCAUAUUGAAGUAAUCGAUACAUCUGGAGGGUGCGGUGCAAGUUUUAAAGUCGAGAUUGUUUCUGAACAAUUUGAAGGGAAGAGAUUGUUGGACAGGCAUAGGAUGGUGAAUGGAGCACUGGCAGAGGAGAUGAAAGACAUUCAUGCUCUCUCCAUCGCCAAAGCUCUCACUCCUGAUCAGUGGAACAAGCAACAACAGUCCCAAACCUCUCAGCCUGUUGCUUAAUACCUUGUUAUUUGCUAGUUAUAAUGCUACUAUGACAACAACAACAACAACAACAAUAAUAAUCCUUUUGGAUCCAACUGUUGUAACCUCUAUUGCUUCAACCACUUGUGGUUAAGAUUGGUUACUUGACUUAUUUGGUGGUGUGAAUUUGGUAGAUUUUGUUUAGAGGUGGCAAAAUUAGCGGUUUGGGUUACAACAUGUUGAAAUGAGUUGUUUUAGGGGCUGUUUGUUUACCUCUUAAUGAGGCUCUUAAUGGUUCUGACCUCUUACUAGUUCAGUACUUAAUGGUUUAGGCUCUUUGUUUUGCGAGCAGAUGUCUGAAUGAUUAGGACCUCUUACUGGUUCAGCACUUAAUGGUUCAGACCUCUUGCUGAUUCAACACUUAACCAUUCAGAAGUUGUGAAACAGCCCCUUAGUCUCGUUGUUCGUUAGACAAAGCUUCUUUUUGUUUUGUCAUUGAUUAUAUAUGGAAUGAGAUUUGUACACC